AUGAUUGAUAGUAUGACAAGUAGAUCGACAUUUAAAAAAACUUUAACUAGUAAUAAUAAUUUCAUUGUAAAUGGAGGUAUUGGAAUACCAAAUGAGCAUUAUCACAUUUGGAGAGAUGGUUACAAUAGCUAUUUAUAUGCAACUGGUAAGAGAUUUAAGCAAUCUUUACAAAAGCAUCAUGUCAAUAAUUCGAUAAUGACUGAUGCCAAAUUGAGAUUAAUUAGAGAAAAGUGGAAUACUGCCAUUUCUGGAAAAAGCCAACAAAAGAAAAAUCAAGUGAGAUCUAAAAGGGAUGAGAAUAAAUCCUUGUUAAAUCUCAUCAAGAAGAUUAUUAAGGAUCGAUUAUUUAUGAGAAAGUACUUUGAUGGUGAUAGGUUUAAAUCUAAGAGAUUUGAAUUUCGUGAACAGAUUUAUUUUGAAAAGAAACUUCAAGUUCAUGAUUCUCUUCUUCGUUAUACUGAUCACAAGAAGUAUUUAGCUAAAUUGGAGGAAGCCAAGAAAUUGUACAACAAUCAAGACACAUUGGAGAAACAAAUUGAAAGUUUAAUUCAUUCUGAAUAUGAAAAGCCAGAGAUUGAGGAGAUUAUAAUUGGAGAUUUACAUGACAAUAUAUUGACAAAUUUCGUUGAUUACCACUGUAAAAAAUCGUAUAUGGUAGAAGCUCACUCAACAUAUUCUUCAUCCAAAAGGCUGGGGUUGAAUGCUGCCUUUUAG